AUGGCGGCGGUCAUGCACAACAUCGGCCCCUACGAGGACGACGGGACCGCCGAUGCGUUGGCGAAGGACUUCGGCCCGUACGACCACGAGCACGUCAAGGCGGCGAUCAUCAUCCAGCGGCUCUACCGCGGAUGGGUCAUCCGUCACGACAUCGCGACCGCGCUCGAGGAACAGGACCUCGGUCCGAGCGUGCUCCUGGUGCGCAAGGGCAGGCCCCUCAAGUUCGCGCACGAGUGGCAGCGCACGCUCUACACGUACGUCGAGGAAGGGGACAACGCGGUGAACACGGCGGUGUCCUACGCCGUCGUCGUCCUCAUCUUCAUCGCCACCGUGGGGUUCAUCUUGGAGACGGUUCCCGAGUGGGCGAGGCGCAAAUCCGUGUCCGAUCUGUUCAAGACGACGGAGACGGUGUGCAUCGCGCUGUUCACGCUGGAGAUUGCGUGCAAGGUGGCGUCGCAGCCCCAGUGCGGGCCCAUAAAGGGCGAGGAGUCGUACUGGCGCGGGGUUUGGGCGUGGAUGAAGCGGCCGAUGAACCAGGUGGACGUCGUCGCGGUGUUGCCGUGGUACUUGGAGCUGGCGGUGAGCGGCGGCGGCAGCGGGCUCGCGGUGCUGCGCGCGAUCCGCUUGGUUCGCGUGUUCCGGGUGUUCAAGCUCGGGAGAUACAACACCAGCGCGAUGAUCUUCAAGCGCGCGCUGGAGCGGUCCGCGCAGCCCCUCUCGCUGCUCUUUUACUUCAUGCUCAUCGCCAACAUUUUGUUCGCGUCGGCCAUCUAUUACGCCGAGGCGAUGGGUCCGAACGCGAACCCGUCGGACGUCGACAACUUCGACGACCCGCUGCCGGCGUUCCCGUUCGACUCGAUCCCGCGCGCGAUGUACUGGUGCAUGGUGACGAUGACCACCGUGGGUUACGGAGACAUGUACCCGAUCACGCUCAUAGGCCGAAUCGUCGCGGUGAUCACCAUGCUCUCGGGCAUCGUCGUGCUGGCCAUGCCCAUCACGCUCAUCGGCAGCAACUUCGUGGAGGAGUACCGCAAGAGCCAGGCGAACGAGCUCAAGGAGAAGAGGCGCAAGGAAUCCAACGCCAAGGCGAUCGAGGAGAUUCGAAAGGAGGCGACGCUGAGGGUGAUGCUCCGCGACCCGGAUUCGAGCAAGGCGCUCCAACGGCUGGCGCUGGCAAACGUUUCCGGAGCCGUUUCGGGAGCCGACGCUGGCGACGCUUCGCAGCCCACGACCCCGGGAGGCGCGCGACGGCGGCUGGCGGGCGGGCGCGUCGCGGGGGACGACGUGCUGUCCCCCGGCGAGCGGAUCGUGAGCACCAUCGCCCGGCGCGAGGAACGGGAGCGGCGGCGGAGGAUUCGGGAGGAGGACGAGGCCGCCGGGCUCGGGGGAUCCGCGCCGUGGGACACGCAGGUGACGCCCACGCGGCCGCAGAGGGACAGCGACGGGUCCGACGGGUCCGGUAGGGGCGGCGGGGGCGGCGGGGGCGGCCUUGACGACGAAGCGGCGGAGCGGUUGAGGGAGAUGGAGCAGAGGUUGGCGCGCAUGGAGGCGAUGCUGACGCGGAUCAUGAACCCGACUUGA